GCAAAGUUUGCUGCACUCAUUCUGUGUUCAUUUGCAAACAUGUAAAGUUCGAAAUAAUAAUUUUAUGAGAUUUUAGAGUUUUUUUUAAAACGACUUUGGCGUUUUAAAAAAUCGUUUUAAAGUGUUUUAGUGUAAUAAUUUUAUGAGUUCAGUUAUUUAUAUCUUAUUUUUUGUGUAUUUUGUGCAAAAGAUAUCUUGCUUGUUUUUAGAUAGCAAUCUGUUUGUAAAAAGAUGAGCAAGGGGACUAGCUCAGGUCGUAGAGGAACAGCAAGUACUUCUGCGAGUAAUAAUGCAUCUGCUGCCAUGUCAACUGAUUUAGCAUCUUUGUUCGAGUGCCCUGUGUGCUUCGACUAUGUCCUGCCUCCAAUUCUUCAGUGUCAAAGUGGCCAUCUAGUUUGCUCCAACUGUAGACCAAAGUUGGUAUGCUGCCCUACAUGUCGUGGAUCUUUAGGAAACAUAAGAAAUCUGGCUAUGGAAAAAGUGGCUAGUAAUGUGAUGUUUCCGUGCAAACAUUCUGGAAAUGGUUGCACUGUAUCCUUGAUUCACACUGAAAAGGCUGAUCAUGAGGAAGGUUGUGAAUUUCGGCCUUAUUCCUGCCCUUGCCCAGGAGCCUCUUGCAAGUGGCAAGGAUCAUUAGAACAAGUUAUGCCUCAUUUGAUGCUGUCGCAUAAAUCUAUUACCAAUCUUCAAGGAGAAGAUAUAGUUUUUAUGGCUACUGAUAUCAAUUUGCCUGGAGCUGUGGACUGGGUUAUGAUGCAGUCUUGCUUUGGCCAUCAUUUUAUGCUAGUUUUGGAAAAACAAGAAAAGUUUGAUGGUCUUCAACAAUUUUUUGCCAUCGUCCAAUUGCUUGGGUCCAGGAAGCAAGCAGAAAAUUUUGCAUAUAGGCUUGAACUGAAUGGACAUCGUCGUCGCUUGACUUGGGAAGCAAUGCCGCGAUCUAUUCAUGAAGGGGUGUCUUCUGCAAUUAUGAAUUCAGACUGCUUAGUAUUUGAUACUUCUAUUGCCCAAUUAUUUGCAGACAAUGGAAAUCUGGGAAUUAAUGUGACCAUUUCUGUUGUACAAUGGCGCAAUUAACACUAUGUUAUAAUUAUAUAAUUCGAUAUAAUUAUAUCAUUUUAAUAUAAU